AUGGCUGCUAGUGCUUCCCAGCCAGAUGCCACAGAAUCCGCUCCAUCAACAGAGGAUUUGGUAGUGAACGUAAAAGUCCUCAAUCUCGCAGGCAGUGAGGUUGCUGAUUUGCCUUUGAAGCCGGAGACAACGGUUCGGGAGAUCAAAAGGACACUACAGGACAAAGUAAAAUGUCCUGACUGCAUGCAGUGCCUCUGCCAUCAAGACCAGCCUUUGGAUGACAGAGACACCUGCGCAAGCCUUGGCUGGCAGGGCGAAGUCACAAUCUAUUUGACUCGAAUGGCAUUGGAUGCUGAGAAAGGCAUAUCAACUCUUCUCAAGUCGGGUGGCGCUCAAGGACCUGCAAAGAUGCAGAGAACAGAGCUUGAAAGGCUUUGUGCGAUCUGUGAGUCCAUUUUCGAUUCGGAGCCGAUGCUGCUUGAGCUUCAAGGGCCUUUGAUGGUUGUGGGGAACCUUCAUGGGCAUUUCGACCAAUUGCUGCAGAUUCUUGACAAGAUGGGCCAUCCAUCAGAUACCAAGCGCUACCUAUUCCUUGGCGGCUACGUUGACAGGGGUCCGAGAAGCCUUGACACGGUCUCGCUGCUCUUCUUCUUCAAGGCGCAACAGCCAGACAAUGUCAUCCUCCUAAGGAGCAACCACGAGGAUGCAUCGAUGAGUCGCAUCUAUGGCUUCUAUGACGAAUGCCACAAGCAUCAUGGGGUCAAGUUGUGGAAGCUCUUUUGUCGGACCUUCAACUCUAUGCCGGUUGCUGCUUUGGUGAACGAGCGAAUCUUCUGUGUUCAUGGUGGUCUUUCACCUGAACUCAAAGAUCUUAACCAAAUUCGCCAGCUGAAAAGGCCCGCGCAGGUGCCUGAAUCGGGUCUUUUGUGUGACCUCCUUUGGUCAGAUCCAUCCGACACCAGUGGCUGGGGUGAAAAUGACCGAGGCGUCUCUUUUACUUGGGGUGAGGAUGUAGCCAAGCAGAUGCUGAGUGAUCUGAACUUGGAUCUUAUUUGCAGAAGUCACCAAGUGGUGGAAGGUGGCUAUCAACUCUUUGCGGAGGGGAGAGCUGUGACCCUUUGGAGCAUCCGGAAUUUCAGACACAUGGACAUGCCGUCCACCUGUGGGGUGAUGAUGAUUUCUGAAGAUGGAAAGAGAACGUUUGAAUGCUUGACGGAGUAG